AUGGCACAAGAGGAAAAGAAAUGCUGGUGGAAGGAAAGUUCCAAAUCCCGAUAUGAGGAACUAGAGAAAGCAGCACAGGAUAAUAGAACAUGUAGUGAUUGCAACGCCACAGUAAAAAGCGUCUUGGGGGGUGCUCUGGCGGAAUAUGGUUCGUUGGAAAAGGCAGUUCCGAAUAUUAUGAAUGCCUGGUGUUAUUUAAAUAAGAAGACCGAAGAUGAGAGAUCUAAGUAUUGUGACAUCUUUUAUUAUUGGCUUGGUAGUUUAAUUCUGAACACACCUAAUAGCCGUAUAUCCAUCCCGAAUGUUGUUAUGGAAACAAUUUACGAUAAACUGCAGGCAUGGAAAAAUAUGGAUAAUUGCAGAAGGACCAUCCCAAAGGUGACGAAGGAUGAUUUUGAACGUCUAAAAGCUCUGUACCACUAUACACAGGACUAUAAUCAUUUAGGGGACAAAAUAAAUACGGUAGAUGGGUCAUGUCCUAAAGAAUACGAAGGAUUCCUGAAGGAGAUUAAUAGAACUUAUACAGAUAGAGGAGGAAGAUGUACAUACCGUGGCUUCCGCAAGGAUGAAUACUGCGAAGAAAUAGAGAAAAUAAUAAGUGGUGCCCCCGGCACAAUUGAGAACCCAUCAAACCUAUUAUCCCCGUUGGACAGGAGGCUGACUCCUUUAACAAAUGGAGAACUGGAGCAUGUGCCCGAACAAUUACCCGCUAAUCCAACGGAAGAAGAAAAACAUACAAGCCAUGAGCAGGCACAAGAGGAAAUCUCCCCUGUGGAAGAAGCAUCUGGUGUGACCGCGACGACUGCCACCCCCAGUGUAAUCAGCGAUCAAGAAGGUGUAAAGGGUGAAACAGAUCCUUCAUAUUCACAGGGCCACGAUAUUAGUGGCCACACUCAUGGUGAUAGUCACAGCAGUACUGCCAAUAAUGGAGGUAGUGGUGCUGCGGCAUCCGGUUCAGCUGGCGGUGUUCCUGGUUUCAGCACUCCCGCUGAAACGACUACAGGAACUCUUACGGAACAAUCCCCACCUGAGGAACCAGGAAUCGGACCCUAUGGUAUGCGUGAUUCGAGGGGCAACCACAGGGGUCCUAGUUCUCCACUUUCUGUAACAACCGAAACCAACGGAACACAACACGUUACAACGGAAGCCCAAAGAACACAACUCGCAGUGACGGAAACUUGGACAUCUGAAAAGAGUAGUAACAUGGCUAUAGAUCUGAUGGUAGGUCUAACGAAGGGUAUAGUUGUCCCAAGCACUCCUGUUCUACUUGCUACGUGGGCUCUGACAUUAUUGAUCUCCAUUGCCGUUCUCCUAUGCAAGUAUACUUCCUUAUUCCGUGCGAAAAGUAAUUCCCCUCUUAAAAGAAGAAAGCGAAAAUGUACCGUAGAGCCUGAAUUGAACACAUCAUUAGGGUCGAGUGCUUCAGCAACAGAACAUUCCACAGAAAGUGGAUCAAUAACGGCUUCUAGAACAGUGGACGACUCAGCAUCGGGGGACGAUUCAAUAGAGGAAGAUGAUAAGCAUGCCCACGACGACGAAGAUGAUGAUGUUGUGAAGGACGAUUCUUCCUCUUCUUUGUGCAGUACACGAUCGUAA